AUGGAGAUAACAGGACUUUAUCUCCAAUCCUCCAGUUCUGUCUUUCUAUUUGGGGCUCUGUUGGGCCUGCUGCUCCUCUACUUCAGUUCAUCCUCCAGCUUCCACUCCAAAGGAGACAGCAAGGAGCCUCCAGGACCAAAGCCACUUCCUCUACUGGGGAACCUGCUGCAACUCGACCGCAAGAUACCUUACAAUACAUUGGUGGAGCUUUCCAAGGAAUAUGGAUCGGUAUUCACUGUCUAUUUGGGGCCUAAGAAAGUGGUGGUCCUGGCAGGAUACAAAACUGUGAAGGAGGCGCUUGUAAAUCGUGCUGAUGAAUUUGGAGAAAGAGAUCCAAUACCUAUCAUGCAUGAAAGGAACAAGGGACAUGGUAUUCUGUGGUCGAAUGGAGAUUCUUGGAAAGAGAUGAGGCGUUUUGCCCUGACAAACCUAAAAGACUUUGGGAUGGGCAAGAGGGCCGGUGAGGACAAAAUCAUAGAGGAAUGUGACCAUCUCAUUGAGCUGUUUUUAAAAUUCAAAGGAGAAGCUUUUGAUACGACCCAGCCAGUGUACUAUUCGGUCUCUAACGUCAUCUGCUCCAUGGUCUACGGCAGCAGAUUUGAGUAUGACAGUCCAGUCUUUAAAUCCCUGUUAGAUCGCAUAAACAGACUCGGACCACUUCUGGGCUCUCCUUCAAUGAAGAUGUACAACCUGUUCCCGUGGUUUUGCAAAUGGAUUGCAAACAGGAAGGAGUUCCACAGGUUGGGGGAUGCCACCAGGAAACAGAACAUAAAGCUGUGCAGUGAUUUAAAAGAGAAUCUCACUCCAGAGACGUGCAGAGGUUUUGUGGACGCUUUUCUGGUCCGAAAACAAAAUCUGGAGGAGUCUGGGAUUACCAACAGUCACUUCCAUGAAGACAACCUUUUGAUGACAGUUUCCUAUCUGUUUUCUGCUGGCACUGAUACAACUGCAACAACGCUAAGAUGGGGACUUCUGUUUAUGGCCAGGUAUCCAAAAAUCCAGGACCAGGUCCAAAACGAGCUGAGUAGAGUUAUAGGAAGUCGUCAAGUACAGCUGGACGACAAGAGGAACCUUCCAUUCACCAACGCUGUCAUCCAUGAGACACAGAGACUGGCGAACAUUGCCCCCAUAGCCAUCCCUCACAGAACGAGCCAGGAUGUAACCUUCCAAGGUCACUUCAUUAAGAAGGGGACCACAGUAUAUCCUCUCUUGACUUCUGUCCUGUAUGAUGAGAACGAGUGGAAAAGCCCACACACCUUUAAUCCCGCCCACUUCCUCAACAAAGAUGGAAAGUUUGUCAAGCGAGACGCCUUCAUGCCUUUUUCUGCAGGUCGCAGGGUUUGUCUGGGAGAGAGUCUUGCCAGGAUGGAGCUCUUCAUCUUUUUCACCACCUUACUGCAACACUUCCGUUUCGCUCCUCCUCCUGGAGUGUCAGUGGAAGAAAUGGAUCUGACGCCACAAUUGCUCCUCUUCCAGGAUCCCCCAUCUCAUAAACUGUGUGCUGCACCUCGAAUGCCUCGAGAAGAAUGAUGGAUCGAGAAUUUAAAAGCAUGUGAUGAAAAUGAGAAGGAAGGAAAAUCUGAAAUGUUAUUGAACGCUGCUGAAAAUGUUAUACGUCUGAUAAAUUCCUUUAUGGCUACUUGUAUUGCUUGCAGGAAGAAAUCAUCACCCAGAUAUUACAAAGAAAGACAUUCUUGUAAACAGAUGUGUAAAAUGCAUUUGUAAUAUUUAGAUUUAUUAUGAUUAUAUGUGACCUUUGCAGCAGAAACUUUCAAACAACCCGAAUUGUUUCAGAAUACAGUAUCAGAGUUCUUAAAGGAGCAAUAUGCAAUUUUGACACCUAUUGUUUAAAAUUUGUACUGCAGUCCAAAUUCAAAGCAUUUUUUUGUGACAUUCGAGCAAGUUUGCGGGUCUAUCUUCUUCCUAAGAAAUAACCUGUCACACCUAGAAAAGUUAAUGUUUACCAUUGUUGUAACCACUGAAUUGGUCACUGCCUUCAAGCUGACUUCCUCUAUUGAUAGGCUUUCACGCUCGGGAAUAGUGUUUGGUCAUUGUUUUAGCAACAUUACAACACAAUUUUCUUCAAAUAAAUCAUGGGAAUAUU